CCACUUUUACUAAUAUUUUAUGGAAAAAAAAAAAGAGAGAAACAUUAACUUAAAUACUACUUGGCAGUUGGCACUCAUGUUCUUAUUUGAUGAAUUUUAUUGCCGGCCUCAAAAGAUAUAUAAAACAUGACGAUUGGUUCAAUGAUGUAUCAUUCAAAAUCAAACGAUAUUAUAAAGUUUAUUACCUUAUUAGUAAUGUGGAUUAGAAGAUAUUGUGUUGAUAAAACAGAAACAAAGAUGAUUAAAAGAAUUCUUCACUCUUCCUUGUUAUUCCUUCUACUGCUUGAAAACUCUGUAGCAGAUUCAAACAAUGAUAUUGCCAUUUACUGGGGUCAAAAUGAUGGAGAAGGUACCUUAACAGAAACAUGUUCAACAGGAAAAUACUCCUAUGUGAUCUUAGCCUUCUUGAACAAUUUUGGAAAUGGAACAGUACCUACCAUUAAUCUUGCAAGUCACUGUGACCCUCUUAUGGAUGGUUGCAGAACAUUGAGCACAGACAUAAAGAAUUGCCAAAUGCAAGGGAUCAAAGUGUUGCUCUCAAUUGGAGGAGCAGAUGGGAAUUACAGCCUAGCUUCCUCUGAUGAUGCCAAGAAUGUUUCUGAUUACUUGUGGAACAGUUUCUUGGGUGGCAAGUCAUCUCCCUCGUCGCGUCCGUUAGGGGAUGCUGUGUUAGAUGGAAUUGACUUUGACAUUGAGAUUUCGCCACCAGAACACUGGGAGGAGCUCGCGCGCUACCUCGAGUCGCAUAGCACGCAGGCAAGAAAGGUUUACCUAAGUGCAGCACCUCAGUGUCCAUUUCCUGAUGCUGAACUUGGCAUUGCACUUUCCACAGAGAUUUUUGACUAUGUUUGGAUCCAGUUCUACAACAAUCCUGGUUGUGAAUAUGAAGAUGGUGAUGUCAACAAUUUGUUGAACUCUUGGAAUCAAUGGACUAAAUCUGUGAAAAAUGGGAAAGUCUUUUUGGGAUUACCGGCGUCUCGUGAAGCUGCAAGCAAUGGCUAUGUUCCAGUUAAUGUGUUGGUAACAGACAUUCUACCUGUCAUAAGGAAGUCACCUAACUAUGGAGGUGUGAUGCUGUGGACAACAUACUAUGAUAAACAAACUGGAUACAGCAACUACAUCAGAAGUUUUUCUUGCACACAACAGAACAAUACUGAAUGCAGAGGAAAUGAUGAACACAAAGCAAACAAAUGGUGGAUAUGGCUUAUCGUUGGGGUUGGAGCAGCAUUUGCAAUAACAUGUUUUAUCCUCUGCUUAUGUUGUGUCUCAAGGAGAAAAGAUAAAUCACAAGUGGAUGGAAAAUUGGACAAAAAGAUAUCAUUUACUGAACCCAAUGGAGUGAAUCCAAACAAAACAGAAAACAUCAAACUAGAAAAAAGGACAAGUAAUGAGGUGAAAGUAUUCAGUUUUGAAAGCAACAUUGCAGCCUCAAACAAUUUCUCAUCCAUUAAUAAGGUGGGAGAGGGUGAUUUUGGUCCUGUUUAUAAGGUAUGUUGGGAGUCCUAACACAAUUGUACUUAUUAAUGUGUGUUCCAUGCAUAUUUACAUCAACUCAUUUCUGUUUUGUUGUGUGUACAAGAUUGUGCAGUAGACAAACCAACUAUGGAAGAUGUUUUUGUUUGCUCUAAAAUGAUGCAAUUGAUCUUGCUCACCUAAAGCGACCACCAUUCUUCACCAUGAAGUUCAGCACUAGUGUAUCCAUCAAAGUUGAGAUCUCUUUGCAGGGAUCAAACACCAUGUAGUAGUUUAUGAGAUUCACGGUUUUUAUCAUUUUAGUCUCAUUCAAUUCACUAUACUAGUCUUUAAGAUUCAACUUCAGACAUUAUAUUAGUCCUUGGAUCUUUAUCGGCGUUGAGCC